AAGGAAACGAAUGAGAGUGCAAGAGAGGAAAGCUGAAAGCGAAGAUUUACGCAAGAGAAAAAAAGAAAAAAGUUCAAAUGGAACGUCAAGGGUCUAAACUGUAUUUUGCAGUGACUGUUUUGAUGUGUGUCUUUGUCUCCAUCAAUGCUGUUGGUUUAAAUGAUUUACUGGAAAGAGCCUCUCAGCUUUCAGACAAGCUACACUCCCUCAGCACUUCUCUCACCAAUGACCUGGAUUCUCAUUUUCCUCCUGUUGGAAGGAUGAUGAUGCCGCGUCCGUCCAUGUGUCACACAUCCUCCCUCCAAAUUCCCAACGAUAAAGAUCAAGCCCUAAGAAUUCCGGAGGACGAGUUAUUGUCUUUGGCUCGCUCUCUACUGCUGGCGUGGUCCGAUCCCCUCGCUCUUCUCUCUUCUGAGGCAUCCAGCCUGGCACACCCAGAACGCAACACUAUUAACAGCAAGACCCAAGAGCUGCAGGAUAACAUCAGAAGUCUGGGAACAGGUUUGGAGCAUCUCGUUCAUAAGAUGGGCUCAUCUUCAGAUGACCUGCCCGAUCUCCCUUUUUACACAAACAGUCUCGGUCAGGAUAAAACCUCUCAGCUUGUGAACUUCCAUUUCUUACUGUCCUGCUUCCGCAGGGACUCGCACAAAAUUGACAGUUUCCUUAAAGUUCUUCGCUGCCGGGCAGCUAAGAGACCUGAGAUGUGCUAAAGAGGCAGGCGCUGCACUGUCUCUGCCAGUCUCUUUCCAUUAUAAAGAGCCAUCUGGAAUGUUCUUUAUCAUGUACCAAAGCGGCACCUCUGUUUGUUUCUAAGCUGUAGAUACUUGAAUAACGUUCCUAUAUACUUGAAUAAAUAACCAGGCCAGUGGGAAUGAAGAUUUUUGUGUCCCUAAAGAUUAAAAAACUAAAUAAAGGCAUUCAGAUGAGUUAGAUAGGAAGGACUUCAGGGAUGCUGUAUAAAAAAAUAUACAGAGAAACAUCUCAGAUAAGCAUCUAUGUUGAAAUGUUUGACUAUAGUUUGAUGGGACAUUUUUAUAUUGGGUAAUGAAAAUGUAUUUAUUGAGGAUGUAUUGAAAAGAUGUAGGAUCUUUCACAAGUUUAUUUUAACAUUUUAACUCUUCUGCAAUGCAAUAUUUAAGCGUUUAUUUUUUGCACCAACGUCAAUAAAUUUCUAUCA